ACACGCAUUAGCGCUCUUAUUCAGUCGGCGCUUUGUGAGCACCGGUAUCAGUCUUGAGUCAUCGGUCUUUGUUCGGAGAGGCAGUGGAUACGGCGUGUGCAUUAGAAUAGAGCAUUAGAGGAGUACAUCUUCUGUCAUUUCUGGACUGAUUUCGUCUUAAUUUUCAGUUUGUCUGAUACCGAUACACCAUGGCUACCAACGGUCACUGCAACGGGAUUCAGGAUUCGCAUGCCCAAUGGAAACUGGGGCUUGUAAAUGAAGACAAGAAAUAUCUGACGGCCGAGACCUUUGGGUUUAAAAUCAACUCGUCGGCGGUGUCACUGAGGAAGAAACAAGUCUGGAUUGUGGAAUUUGGUAGCUCUGAUGAUGAGGUAUAUCUCAAGAGUCAUCUUGGGCGCUACGUCUCGACGGAUAAGAUGGGGAAUGUCUUCUGCAAUGCUGAAAGCAAAAAUGAAGAGGGUACCCAAUUUGCCCUGGAGUAUGAACCAAUCGGUGGGCAAGGACGCUGGGGGUUCAAGAGUAAGAAAUUUAACAAUUACUUGGAUGGAGUUAUGGAUAACAUGAGCUGCAGCUCUACAACGCCGAAGUGGUGGAAGCCUCAUCUCGCGACACAUCCUCAGGUCAACAUCCGAAACGUCAACCGAAAGCGAUGCGUCAAUCUUCGCCGGGUCGGUGAAGAUGGCCCAAGCGCCAAGGAUCAGCUGGAGUGCACCCAAGUUAUCCCUUGGGGUGAGGAUUCCCUUAUCACCUUGGAGUUCCUGGAUGGAAAAUACGCUGUCAAGACCAGCGAUGAUCGUUACCUACACACCAGUGGCGAAUUGGUGAAGGACACCAGUCCCGAGACCCUCUACACUUUGAGGAUCCGGCAGAACGUCCCUGCCCCUGGCAUCGCCCUGAUGGAUUCCAAGGGCAAGUAUCUGACGGCUGUCGGCACGGGACAACUCAAGAGCAAGAAUAAUAGCAUUUCCAAGGACGAGCUCUUCACUCUCUUAGACAGCCAGCCCCAGGUGUAUCUUGUCUCUCACAAAGGAAAGAAGGUCUCCAUUAAACAAGGCGUUGAUGUUACAGCCAACCAAGAUGACAUCAGUGACAAGGAGACGUUCCAAAUGGAAUUCAACAAGAUCGAGAAGAAGUGGCGCUUCAGAACUGUAGAUAACAAACUUUGGACGGUUGGCCAGCAAGGUGGCAUUCAGGCCAUUGCUGAUGUUGCUUCUGUUGAUACGCUGUUCGAAUUCAACUGGCUUGAUGACGGCAAGAUCACCCUCCGUGCUUCAAACCAAAAUUACAUCACAGCAAAAAUGAACGGACACCUGUAUGCCACAAGUAGCACGGUUUCGGAUAAGGAAAAAUUUGCGGUAGUUUUACUCAAUCGCCCUUUGCUUGUCCUGAAGGGUGAAUAUGGACUUGUAGGAUAUAAGGUGAAGGCGAAGGAUCUUCUAGAGUGUAAUAAGAGUGUGCAUGAUACGAUUUAUGUGGAGCACCUUGAUAGCGGGGAGUACCAUCUUAAAGGAUCAAAUGGUAAAUACUGGAUGGUAGGAGACGAUGCCUCAAUCUCAGUCACGGGCAGCGAACCACAGAAGUUCAGAUUCGAAUUCCGCGAUCACUCCAAAUUCGCCAUCAAGGCGCCCAAUGGUCGCUAUCUUAGAGGAGAACAGAAUGGUACACUUGCCGCAAACGGCGACGAAAUUUGUGGUGCCACCAUGUGGGAAUAUUAAAACUAGAGACUCUGACGUUUGUGCGUUGAACUUUAGAUUUUGCGGGCAUGCUUGUAACCUGAAUCAAGCUGCUUAAUGGACCAAGAACACAUUGAGACUUAUACCGUGAUCUGCCAAUGACAAUUUUCUUUUAUAACACGGACAUCUAUGCUUUGCUCGGCCACCACACUUAUGCUGUACUGAGAGUGAAAUUUUGACACCACAAAAUACCACAGCCACUUUGGCAUAGUGCGUCCAUUGUUAACUGGAGAGUCAAGGAAGUGGCGUACUAUCAAGACUGAAUCGUACAUAAAAAUACCAAUGUCAUGGCAUAGGAAUUGUACAAAUUGAUGAAAUAAAUAUUGAACUAGAACUGUGAUGAUUUGAUAUUGUAUUGUAUUUUGACAUGUAUCUCACUCUGUAAUUUAUGCCACUUUUAAUGAACUAAAGUUUGUUGAGAAGAGUUGCACGAGAGACACGUGUCAGUUUAUUGCACUGAUGUUUGGGUGCCACAUUGAUCUAACUCCAGAUUCAUCUGUUUGUGUUGCUCUUUUCUAUCCUGGCAUGGCGAGACCACAAACAGCUGAGUCUAGAGAAGAAUAUUUUGGAUAUUUAACUGCGUAACUUUUCAAUACUGCACUCGAUACUGAUAAGCAUAAUGGGACACAUUUUUCACGUUUUGAAGUAAGAUUUAAUGACCUGUGCGCAUCGGAGUGAUUUGUUUUGAUAUUUUAGGUUAUUUUGAAACGUUGUUGCUAGCUGCAGUCAAAAUGACCAAACAACUGUUGUAGACUAAAUAUGCAUUGAUGAUGAUAAUAAAUCAGGUUAAUACCUAAGUGCAAAUGAUGACAUUCACUGCUUAAAAGGCCAGUCAUAAUAUUUCUAGACAAAAAAAUAUGAUAUCGAGACGUGUGGUGAUAGUGAUAGCUCCUGGUACAAGAGUUAAUGCAGACCUCACUUCUCCUAGGGUUGACAUCUUGACCCUCAAUGUCUUGACAUUCUCCUAGGGGCGGAGGCCUGAGACUGACCUCACUUCUUCAAGUGAUGGAGGCCUGAGAUAGACCUCACUUCUUCAAGGGAUGGAGGUCUGAGAUGGACCUCAUUUCUUCAAGGGAUGGAGGUCUGAGAUGGACCUCACUUCUCCUAGGGGUGGUGGCCUGAGACUGACCUCACUUCUUCAAGUGAUGGAGGUCUGAGAUGGACCUCACUUCUCCAAGGGGUGGUGGCCUGAGACUGACCUCACUUCUUCAAGUGAUGGAGGCCUGAGAUCGACCUCACUUCUCCUAGGGAUGGUGGCCUGAGACUGACCUCACUUCUCCGAGGGAUGGAGGUCUCAGAUGGACCUCACUUCUCCUAGGGGUGGAGGCCUGAGAUAGACCUCACUUCUCCAAGGGAUGGAGGUCUCUGAUGGACCACACUUCUCCUUGGGGUGGAUAGAGGCCGGAGGGAUCCACAGAAUCCAAACCCAAGAUUUUUGUUUGGAUGUUUUAUGAUUGAUGCCUGCAACAUCCAUGAUGCUAUAAAGAAUCAGCAGGGCUUUAUUAUAAGAUCAAAUAUGAUGCUAUUUGAAAAAUGUGCAGGGCUUUCUUACCAUCUACAUUAUGUAUUAUGAUGCUUUUUGAAUAAUACUGCAGGGCUUGCAAUGCAUUGGGAAGGCACCUUGCCUAUUUUUUGGAUGUUGAUGACUUACUUGGACCGAUUAUUAAAGAGUUCCUUUAAGUUUGGUCUCUUGGAGAUUUUCAUUCAACAAAAGGUCAGGGUCUGAGACUGAAAUAUAGAAUAGGCAUUGUGUUUCCCCAUCAUCUGUUUAAUGCUUGCAUAAUCAUUUUAUGUUAAGUGUGAAACGCCAUGUUUUUCAUCACCGAUAGCGAAACGAAUAUAUGCAUUGGUUCGUGUUUCUGUUGCUAUGAAAACAGAAAAUUUAUAUUUUCUGCUAGGGAAAGCAGGCAGAAACGUCAUCCGUUCUACUACGCAAGAGUUUUGCUAGGUGAUCAUUCAUGACUUUAGCACAAUGUUCAGAAUUCAACUUAAGAUCACCAUUGUCACAUAGAUGUAUCUUUUAGCAUUGAGUAUCGUUCAAGGUACAUUAUAUGUCAAGUGUAAACUUCAUGAUCCCAUACGUACAAACACACACGGGUUUCGUCCAAGAGUGUGGUCCUUUUAAGAGCUCAUCCAAUGCUAAAACAAUUACAUGUAAAUUAACAGUUUUUUUUAGAAAGGGCAGUUUUAUGACCAGUGAAUCAGAAUGACUACACAAAACAAUGCGCACAAAUUAGCCAGAGUGAAGUCGCCCAUAUAAGUGAAAAAAAGAGGCUGUGAGCAAACUUAUGCAGUUGAAAGGCCUUCCCUCACGUUGGGAUUUAGCUUGGUUGUAAAGUUUCAAAAGCCCAGUAGAGUUAUUUAUACUGUAGUCAAUUUUUUCUUUGAAAAUAUAAUAAUAUUCAAGGCUCAUCAUAUCUUAAGGACAAAGGGGAUGAGCAUAAUUCUAUUUCGUGCUUUUAUUAGGUGAAGUCCUUAUUGAACUGUAUACAUGUAUAGCCUGUUCUUUGUUCCUUGACUUUAUUUCAUGCCUUGUUGCCAUGUUUUUUCACUUGAUUGAAAAUGCAGUGAGGGUUUUAAUUAGACAAUUGAGGUUAAAUUGCAAGUUAUGCAAUGUUUAAUGGCCAUUUAUAUUACUUUUAUCAAACAGUUCAAUUAUUUUGAUUUGACUGGUUUCCAUAUAUUUCCUAAAGAGAGAAGCCCGUUAUCAAUGUUGUUAUAUUCACAAUGAUGAUAUGGGCCUACAUGUUGAGGGGUGUUGGAGAAUUUCUGCUGAAACAUGCAAAUUUGUAAAAUCAAACUGUUGUAUAAAUUGAGAGGUUUGGGCCUGUGCUUGAUGGCAAUAAUGAAAUUCAACGUUUAUUCCAAAGAAUGGUUACUGAACUCUUAAAUAAAGGAAGAGACCUUCCAGACUUGGUUUAAAAUAGUUAAAAUUCAUUCAUAUGUGUCUUCUAAAGGUGCUUGACAUUAGAAUGUCCCUGAAAUAAAUACAUGGCUGUUUGGAUAUCAUUCUUUCCACUGAGAUGUAGAUGAUUACAUGUAGGAGUGGGAUUGUAUAAUUCGAUGUAUAAAAUUAAACAUAUCCACUUACAAUUCGCCAUCUUGCCUACAUCAGUAAUUUUACACCACUAAUUAGGCAGAUAGUCAUCUCAAUUAAGUGUUUAAUUACGUUUUAAUGACCUAGCAAUAGUAUCUUGGAAUGAUAUCAUAGGAUGAUGGGCACAGAUUACUCUCUCUACAUUUGCUAUUGUAAUAAGGAAGGCAUUACACAACAGUGGCAUGUUGAUUGGAGCGCUAGGCUCAAAAUCAGCAGAAUUCCGGAUACGCUUGAGCCUGAUGAGCAGUUUGCGACUCGGGCAAUAGCCAGGUAGACUCAUCUUGACCACCAAGGUUUUUGCAUCUUAUCAAGAUAUAAAAAUACCCCGGCUAUGUUUAGAGGAAGUGUAGACCAUGAGGUUCAGGAUGGGUAUACUUUGACUUGGACACAACAACAUCAGUAAACUAAUGUGAGGGUGUAAUUGUAGUUUUUGAUGGAAGAAAUUCAAAAGUACCUGAGUUCGACACUUCUUGUAUAUAUAAACUGUAGAAAACUUGGAUUUCAACGGCACAAUUUGAAUAAGGGAAGGGGGUUUGCGGGGUGUUAUUCCAGGCACACAUGCUACAAUUUUUGCUGUCACGCAUACAUGCUGCAAAUAUCUAGCGGGCAGCUGCAAUUGAUGUGAUGUACAUACUGACAUCUGGUCAGCUGCUAUUGUAGUUGCAGGACAAGCUCCACACCUGCAAUUUUUGUUGCACAACAAAAAUGGCAAUGCAGAGCGCAGUCUCACAUGCUGCAAUUUUGUUGUGCAAGAAACAUUGCAGGUGUUCUUUGACAAAAAUUGCAACCUGUUCUCCUGGUAUAAGGUAUAUUGGGUUCAAAUGAAAUGUUGUACAUAAAACUGUACACUGGGAAGCGUCUUAAUGCUCGGAGUCCUCAUGUUUUGUCAAAGGGAGUCGAUAGGACUUGGAGCAGGCAGUUGGGUCAGACUUUCAAGGAAUAGUGAUGACAAGAAUUUGGGUGAUGCUUUUGUCUUUAAUGUGGCAAUUUUCCACCGACACGAUUUCUGAAGAUGUUUUUUUCACUAGUGAUCAAUUAGAAAUACAUUUCAUACAGCUCUGUAUGCAUAAUUUGCAUAAAUAAAUAAAAUCAAUUUAUUAUUAA